AUGCCCUCCUGCCCUGCCGCUGGCCCCUCCCCGGCUGGGGGCAGUCCGGCCCUGAGGGAGAUGGAGCCCAAGGACCAGCAGCUCAUGGUAGCACUGCGGAUCCGCCCGCUCAAUGACACAGAACUGGAGGAAGGAGCCACCGCCAUUGCCCACAAAGUCGGGGACCAGAUGGCAGUGCUCAUGGAUCCCGGGGAGGACCCUGAGGACACUCUGCGUGCACACCGUUCCCGGGAGAAGGCCUUCAUCUUCGACAUGGUUUUCGACCAACACGCGUCGCAGGAAGAUGUGUACCGUGCCACCACCCAGCAGUUAGUGGAAGGCGUCAUUUCUGGAUACAACGCGACGGUGUUUGCCUACGGCCCCUCAGGUGCAGGGAAGACCCACACCAUGCUGGGCACGGACACGGAGCCCGGCAUCUACCUGCGGACCCUUGCCGACCUCUUCCAGGCCAUCGAGGAGAGCCGAGACAGCGCGGACUGCCGCGUGUCCAUGUCCUACCUCGAGAUUUAUAACGAAGUGAUCCGGGAUCUCCUGAACCCGGCCUCGGGGAUUCUGGAGCUGAGAGAAGACUCCAGGGGCAGCAUCCAGAUCGCAGGCAUCACAGAGGUCUCCACCUCCCACGCCCAGGAGAUCAUGCAGCUCCUCACCAAAGGCAACCGGCAGCGCACCCAGGAGCCCACGGCCACCAACCGGACGUCGUCGCGCUCCCACGCCGUGCUGCAGGUCACCGUGCGCCAGCGGCGCCGCGGCACAGACCUGGCGGAGGAAGUGCACGUGGGGAGGCUCUUCCUGGUGGACCUGGCGGGCUCAGAGCGGGCGUCCCAGACCCAGAACCAAGGCAAAAGGAUGAAGGAGGGCGCACACAUCAACCGCUCCCUGCUCGCGCUGGGCAACUGCAUCAACGCGCUCAGCGAGAAGGGCAGCAGCCGCACGCAGUACGUGAACUUCCGGGACAGCAAACUCACGCGCCUGCUGAAGGAUGCCCUGGGAGGGAACAGCCGGACAGUGAUGAUCGCCCACAUCAGCCCGGCCAGCACGUCCUUUGAGGAGUCCAGGACCACGCUGCUGUACGCCUACAGAGCCAAGAACAUCAAGACAAGGGUCAAGCGCAACCUGCUGAACGUGUCCCUCCGAAUCGCGCAGUACACGGACGUCAUCUCCGACCUGCGCCGGGAGAUCGAGCGCCUCAAGUCCAAGCUGGAGACGCGGGAGACGGACAAGAGAAGCGACCCCGGCGGCCCGGAUGUGCAAGGUAGAGCUGAGCAUGGACCCGCAGCCUCAGUCGGCUUCACGAUCCCCCGCCACGACACAGAGGAGGACGGCCGCAUGCAGAUGAACAAGAUCCGGGCACAGCUCAUCGGCGCCUUCAAGGAGCAGUUGGAGAUGCGGCGCAGCCUGGUGGAGCUGGAGAAUACCCACAUGGAGCUGCACAUCGAUGUGUCCCGCCACCUGCUGACCAUUGCCGACUGGGAGCGGGAGAAGACCCAGCAGCACGCGCACGGGGACAAGACGCCCGCCAGAGAUGAGGAGCCAGCAGAGGCCAACGCAGACACCGGCGAGGGCGAGUCCAUGGACCCUCAUGAGGUGGCUCUGGCCAGGGAGGAGGUCAACAUGCUUCUGGCCGAGCAGCGGAAAACCGCGGCCCUCAAGGCCGGGCUGGAGCAGCGGCUGGCCGACGCCAAGAAGAAGGCCUCGCAGAUGGAGAAGCUGCUGCCCCAGCAGGUGGUCAGCGAGGACCAGAGGGAGGUGCUGCGGCUGCUGUGCAGGGCGCACGAGCUGGAGGUGGAGAACACGGAGCUGCAGGCCCACGGCCUGCGCAGCAAGAACCUGCUGUGCCAGAAGGACCUUGUGAUCCGAUGCUACCACCAGCACCGGCUGCUCUGCGAGCACAUCAUCCAGGACCAACGGCAGCUGCUUCAGGACGGCGGCAUCCCGGAGCCAGAGCCGCUGGCCCAGCGCUACCGCCUGUACUCCCGCGAGCUGGGCGAGGGCGCGCUGCCCCGCCUGCUGCUGCUGCACUCCGUGCUGGCCAGCUCCCUGCGGGAUGGCUCCGUCCUGAGCCUGUCUCCCCCGCCGGAGGAGUCCAGCCGAGAGCAGCCGGACGACAGGAAGGACCUCCCGUGGGGGGCCCAGUUUGAGCCGAUGCUGCUGGAGACGGACAGCGACGGGUCCAAGUCAUCGAAAGCCACGCUGUCGAAAAAGCCGGGAAAGCAAGAUUCCCUUCUCCCUCCGUCUUCCCUCAGCGUCCUGCUAACGCCUCCAGUCCAUGAGAAGCCGGGCUCCCUGUCCGCGGAGAGGUUGGCGCCCAGCCUGCGCUCCCCGGGAGGCCCGGAGCCCGGAUCCCCACGGACAGCGGAGGCCCCGCUCAGCGCUCAGGCACUCAAGGAGAUGGCCGCCAGCACCAAGAGCAUCGCCCGCAUCGCGGCCACCCGGCGCUCCCGGGCGCAGGACCGCGAGGCCGGCAGCGGCCGCUCCUCCCGCCACCUUCCGGAGGAGGUGGCCCCGGGCCCCAGCCCGGCGGACAGGAGGUGGCCUCACGCCAGCCUGUGCAGGGACCGCUCCGGGGAGAGGAAGGCCAGGAGCCAGCGGUCGCCCUCCGUCACGUGGAGCGUGCAGCCGGCGAUGGAGAAGCUUCAGCCCCCCUCCAUGGACCAUUCGUCUGAGAGCCGGCUGCCCCCUGUGCUCCCUAAGCUGUCCAAGUCAUCGGGAAAGAGCUUCUUCCCUGCUGUCCCAGCGGCCUCCAAGAUAAAGCCCAGCCUCAGUUUCCAUGCAGAUGACAACACGCUCCACGUGCCGGAGGUCAACUUCACCUUCCCCAGCGCCGUGUGGCAGAGCAGCAGCAGCCCCAGCAGGGUGCCCCUCCUGCCGCGGGACAUCCGAGGGUCUACAGACAGCGGAGGCCACCACCACAGCCCGCAGUCCCCCAGCAACGUCCGCAGGCACCGCAGCGGCAGCGCCAAGAGGCCAAGAAGACCCAACUCCCUGCAGGGUGGCGUCCCUGCCCCAUUGGACGGACUGGGAGACGACCUCAGAGAGGUUCCGUCCCUCGCCCAAGGACACACAGCGACUCCAAGACCCCGGCGGGGGAGCAUCACGAUCCUCUGCAACCAGUCGGCGCCCGCGAGCCGGUCCGGUAGACAGCGGGCGCCGCAUAAGCGUUCGCGGGAACGGCACCGGCUGCAGCCCCGCGCAGCCCUUGCCGGGUCCCCGCGGCUCCCCGCGCCCCGCCCGCUGGAGGCGGGGCCAACGCCGCGGCCCGCGGGACGCGAUUGGCUGCUGCGGAAGGGGGCGGGGCUCCCGGCGCCGGGGGCGGGGCCGAUCUCGGGUCGUAAAUACGGCGCCACAUGGCACUGGCUGGGGGGGCGCGGGGGCGGGGGGCGGAGGGCGCAGGCGCGUGGAGGGCGGGCGCCCCUCGGCCUCCGUGGCCCCUCUGGCGGCCGCGACUUCUCGCGAGAAGAGGAGCGGGAGGCGGGGCUCCGGCGCCGGGGGCGGGGCCGGCGGAGGGGCGGCCUCGGGAGGGUCCGCGGGUCGCGAGGCGGCGGCGGCGGCGGCGGCGGCGGCGGGAGGAGAGGUGCCGCGGGGAAGAGACUCCGAGAGCUGCCAGCGGCCUGCUGUGACCGAGCUGCUGCCCCAGCAUCGCCCGAGAUCUUCACGUCCGCCCGGGGUACCAAGAGGGGCGGCCAUGAGGUGGGCCGGGUCACAGAUACGGGGAAGAGAGAGAAGUCUGAGCAUGGGGACAGAUUAGCACCUUCUGGGGACCCGUGA